AUGAAGAAGCACCUUACUAUUGUCAUCAAGNNCUUGAGUCACGAACCCCUCCUCUCGAUUCUCUCCACCAUCGUCGAAACCGCCUGCAAACUACAGAAAGAUGGACAUCGUGUAGUCAUUGUGUCGUCCGGCGCCAUUGGCGUCGCUCUCGGCCAUAUGGAGAUGGAACGCAGACCCAAACACCUUCCUCAAGUCCAAGCCCUGGCUGCCAUCGGACAGUGCAAGCUCAUGAGUCUUUGGGAUCAGUUGUUCAUGCACAGAAGACAGCCAAUCGCUCAAAUUCUGCUCACAAGAAACGACAUUGCCGAUCGUACCCAGUAUCUCAAUGCUCAGAACACUUUUAUCGAGCUGAUUCACAUGGGUGUCAUUCCUAUUGUCAACGAGAACGACACCUUGUCCGUUGCUGAGAUCAAGUUCGGUGACAACGACACACUCUCUGCUAUUACGGCUGCUAUGGUACAGGCCGACUACCUGUUCCUCAUGACAGAUGUGGAUUGUCUGUACGACAGCAACCCUCGCUCAAAUCCCAACGCAAAGGCCAUUGAGGUCGUCGAGGAUAUUGGAGACUUGGUCGCUGAUGUCUCGAGUGCCGGCUCUUCCGUAGGCACUGGAGGCAUGGCUACUAAGAUCACCGCUGCUCGACUAGCAACCUCCGCCGGUGUAACGACAAUCAUCACUCGCUCGGAUAAGCCUGGAAAUAUUGCCAACAUUGUCGCAUAUGCCGAGUCGAAGAAGGCAGAGGAACUCGCAGCUAAACGCUCGUCACGGCAGAGUUCAACAGAAGGUACAGAGUCUUUGAGCAACUCGACAAACAACCUCACUCUAGAAGACUCUUCGCUCGUGAAGAAAGCCGUUGUCAAUGAGGUAUCAAGCACAAAUGGCGCCACGUCGCCCAAAUUCGAUGCGCCGUCAUUGCCUCCACUACACACUCGCUUCAUCCCCGACCUUCAUCCAAUCAGAGACCGAUAUUUCUGGCUGCUCUAUGGUCUCGCUCCACACGGAACAGUCUACAUCGACAAGGGUGCACACAGAGCACUGGCCGACAAGGCUGGCCUAUUACCAGCAGGCGUGGUAGAGGUUGAGGGUAACUUUGCACAGCAGGAAGCCGUGCGGAUAGUGGUGGUGCAGCGCAAGUCAAAGGGAUCAUUCGAGUACGAGAAGGAAGAUCCCGCACCCAUUGAAGUCGGCAGAGCGCUGGUCAACUAUUCGGCAGCAGAGAUUAAGAGGAUCCGCGGCCUCAAGAGCUCAGAGAUUCAUGGUGCUCUGGGCUAUGCGGAUAGUGAGUACAUUGCGCUGAGAGAAAACAUUGCGUUUGGCAACAGGACGAGCAGGCCGACCACACCUAAUCGCAUGUCGAUGAGCCAUGAGGCUGAACAGAGACAUUAG